AAUACCACUCAGGGGGCUGAUAAGUACGCGCGUAAGAGUCGGUUGGAUCGGGGCAGAACUAUCCCCUCACCGGCCCUUGAGAUUCCGGAACUCGAGAGGAGGGGCGGAGGCGAUGGGGAAGCGGCGGCGGAUGUACUGGCUGCUGAAGACGGAGCCGGAGGAGUGGUCGUGGGAGGACCAGCGGUCCAACGGCGGCGUUUCGACCUGGGACGGCGUCCGAAACCGACAGGCUGUCAACCACAUGAAGGCCAUGCGGGCGGGCGACCGCUGCUUCUUCUACCACUCCGGCGCCGCCGCCCGCCGCGUCGUGGGCGUCGUCGAGGUCGUCAAACCCUGGUACACUAUCGCCGCCGGAGGUGAAGACGGCGCGGUGGACGUUCGGUCUCUGGGGGAGAUGCGGAAGCCCGUCGAGCUACGGGAGAUCAAGGCGGAGGCGGAGGCUGAGGCCAUGAAGGGGUUCGCGCUUCUGAAGCAGCCGCGACUGUCGGUGGUGCCCGUGCCCGACGGCAUCUGGGAGAGAAUCUGCGAGAUGGGCGGUGGAUACGGAGAUGCAGCGGCAGAGGAAGAUGAGGAGGAGGAGGAAGCGCAGCCGUCGUCGCAGGAGGAGGAGGAGCAAGACGAGUGAGGGAAGGCGGCGAGGGUUCUGGUCUUUUUGGGAACCGGAGGAUUGUUGAGGCCUCUGGGAUGACAAUUUUUGGGCCUCCUCUUGAGAGCAGGAAGCAAUGGCAGUGAAGGAGGGUGAUGGCAGCGCCAGUUAGUAGAGCAGCAAGCAAUGAACUACAUACAUGACAUCUUUUUGGGAGCAAAGUUGGUUAAUGUGGUUCUUUUGCAUGUUCUGUAGUUCAUUGAUAUUUUGAAGUCUGUACCUUGCCUCUAUUUCCACUUAGAUAUAUCUUUAUCCUUAUGCUA